AUGAGCCCGCAGGCGUCGAGGGUGAUGAGCCCGGAUGCCGCUGGGCCGUCGUCGUCACCGCCAGUCCUCCCCGAGGGAUGGCUUGCCCAGUGGGACGGACGCCAGCAACGAUGGUAUUAUGUCCAGCCGGUAACCAGGAAAUCCCAAUGGGAGAUCCCAACUGAACCCUUCAUCGCUUCGACUUCAUCGACCCCCCAUUCGGCCGCCAGUCCUGGGCCGUAUCCCUCGCCUCACACCAUGAGUUCCACUUCGCCCGAAUCCGAAGCCACAAGGGAAUUGAUGGAGGUCAGGAAUGGGAAGUGGGGUGGGAACGGCAACUUCGCGGCUACACAGCAGCUCUCGCCUCAGAGCACUUCUCCGAGGUCACAAAGAACGCCGGUUGCUGGCGAUGUCACUCAACACUCACGUUCCUCGGCGCAGAAUACACCGGUUCACGCCAUACCUGAUCUCUCUGCCAUGGCCAGUCAGGACGAAAUGAUGACCCAUAAUAGCCCAAGCCAUUCACGGGUUGGUAGCAAUACACCCCAACAGCCCAUAUCUCUACCUAGCCAGGUACAAGGGUUCCAUACCACCUCGGGCUCACCUUCCAACCAACUACAGCAACAAUUCCCCCCUCAACCCCAGUCCUAUAAUGAAAACCCCGUCCAAGGCGGUGGUGUCCCCAUGGGACAACAUGGAAACGGUAUGCCCAUGAAUCCAAGUCCACAAGGCCAGUUUUAUGGAGGCCAGAUGCACGAUCCCAACGCUCGCUCAUUUGGCGGCCCGCCACAGCAAGGAGAUCCACGUUUUGCAAACCAGCCCAUCCCAGUGACUCCCGGAAAAUUCCCCCCUCGUGUCUCUCCAAGCCAGAGCCAUAGAAGCCAGGAACACGGAAUCACCCUUCUCAACCAGGACCCUAAUGCUCCUCCGGUCUUCCCCGUGUCUCACCGUGAAGCACAGAGGAAAAGACAGACGGAGAGACAGCAAGAGUCGUAUGCAAAGUAUCAGGCAGGCCCGGCAGGCCAGCCCUACCCCCCCAGGGGCCCUCCCACAGGAAACUAUGACCACAGGUAUAGAGAGCCAGAAAGCCUGCCAAGGAAUCUUCCACCACCACCAGCCGGAUUCGGCCCAAACCCGAUAUAUGACUCUCAUAUGGAUCAGGGUAGGCCUGUAUAUCAGGACCCUAUCCAAGGGCCUCCCGGUGGCCAGUUUGGAAUCCCAAGGCAGCAUAGUAACCCUGGAAACGGGUCGUCAUGGCAGCAGUCGCAGCAACAAUAUGGUGGAUAUCAAUCCGGCAUGCCUCCACGUAAUGACUACAUACCACCUCAGCAGCAGCAGCAUUACGGCGGCGAUGUCGGAGGAUACUCUGGCAAUUGGGGGAGGUAA